AAUUUUACGUCAUAGUUUGUUGAGUUUGUUCAAGCAGAACUUUGUAAAUCGGUUUCGUUCAAUUUGAGCUAUUUUGCGUCCUAAUUUUAAUAAAAUAUGUCCUGAUAUGCAGCAUUACCUAUGAUGUUUGCACGUGUCUUGUAAGAUGUACUCUCUUUAGAGCCAGAUAGAUACUACAGGGUAGGUGACUACAGGCAUUGCAACAAUGUUUCAUGGCCAAAAACCAAAAUAAAUCAAACGAUAACAUACUUCUAAAGUUACUAGACUAUACGUACUAUACUCUUUGAAAGUUACGUCGUCCUCAUCAUUCCUGAUAACACAAUCGCAAAAUAUAAAUCCAAUAACAAAAACAAAACAAGACCGAUAAAUUAUAAUCGGAUUUACUUUAUUAAUUGGUACAAAUUAUCUUUCAAGUUUCAAGAUACUUUUUAAUAAUGUCGGAUUCAGAAGAAGAAUCUGUAAAUGCUCGCAAUUAUGAAGAAAUCGCCAAAGAGAUUGAGCGCUGCAAAAGAAACCCUGAAACAUCUGGAAUGUUUGUUUCUGGAUGGGAUGAUGCAGAUCAAGACGUAGACAUUGUAAAAAAUCCAAAAGAUAAUCCAGUUGAUCAUGUGUUAUGGGCAGCUGAAAAUGGAGAGUUAGAUGUUUUAAAGGAAAUUUUAAAAACAAGCCCCGGUCUUGUCCAUGUAAGAGACUCUGAUGGCUAUACACCACUUCACCGUGCCGCAUAUGGAAAUCACUUAGCUUGUGUUGCAUAUUUAUUAAGCGCUGGAGCAAAAGUAGCAGCAAGGACUGAGCUAGGAUGGACUCCAUUACAUUCAGCAUGCAAUUGGAAUAAUUAUUUAGCUGCUGCAAGGCUACUAGCGGCUGGGGCUGAUCCAGCUGCUUUAUCAGAUGGAGAACAAACACCAUUGCAUUUAGCAUCAGCUCUAAGUCAUAGUAAAUCAACUUUAAUCAUACUAUUAUUAAGAGAAGACAUUGUAAAUAUUGCUCAGAGAAAAAAUAAAUCAAACGAAACACCUGAACAACUUGCCCAUGGCCAUGGAAUUUAUGGUCCUUUAUUUGAGAUGGCAUUGCCAGCAGUAAAUCAUAUAAAAUCAUUGUCAUUUACUUGCAAUCCAUUUGUAAGGUAAAUUUAAAGUUCUUAAAAUGUCUUGGUUGAAUAAAUUUAUUUACUAUCAAUUAUUACAGAAGCUUAUCUUGUAACCCUUCUACUGAGUAUUGUA